UCCCUAAUAUUCACACUCUCUCUAUUACAUAAUUUCUCAGAGCGAUUCAAUUUCUUAGUGAAUCAAACUCUCUCUGCAAUGGCACGAACCAAACAAACAGCACGCAAGUCCACCGGAGGCAAGGCUCCUAGGAAGCAACUGGCUACGAAGGCUGCCAGGAAGUCCGCUCCGGCGACCGGUGGCGUGAAGAAACCUCACCGUUUCCGGCCAGGUACGGUGGCGCUGAGGGAGAUCAGAAAGUAUCAGAAGAGCACGGAGCUGCUGAUCCGAAAACUUCCCUUCCAACGUCUUGUCCGCGAGAUCGCACAGGAUUUCAAGACCGAUCUGCGGUUUCAGAGCAGCGCCGUGUCCGCGUUGCAAGAAGCUGCUGAGGCUUAUUUGGUUGGACUCUUCGAAGACACCAAUCUCUGUGCCAUUCACGCUAAGCGCGUCACCAUUAUGCCAAAGGAUAUUCAGCUUGCCCGCAGAAUCAGAGGCGAAAGGGCUUGAUAGUUACGUGAGAUUUUCAAAUGUCUUUUGAGAUCUGAGAGAUUCUGAGGCCUUUGUUCAGAGUAGUCAUUGUAGUUAGUUUGUUGAUUUGUGAAUGGGUGAAAUAGCUUCUGAAUUAGCUUUAGUUUUCUUCAGCUUUUAUUUUUGUUUUUAAUUGACUUUUAAUGGACUUUAUCUUUUUAUA